GCGUCGUUCGGGCCGAUAAGGACUCCGCCAACCCCCUCCUCCGCCGCCCCUCCCCGCCGCAGCGCCGCAUCCUCAGGAAUUCGGAAUCGACGGCGAUGCGGGGGGCUCCGCAGCAUCAGCAGCUCCAGGGCAACGGUGGCGCGCGCCACGCCGCGUCGCCGCCGGAGGGGGAGAGGGCGGGGCCGGCGAAGGGCGGCGCCGCCGCGGCGGCGUCGUCGGAGGACAAGAAGGGGUCGUCGUCGGGGAGCGAGGGCGUGGUGUGGCCCAAAUUCGCGAUCGCCCUCACCAACAAGGAGAAGGAGGAGGAUUUCCUACUCUUCAAAGGAUCCAAGCUUCCCCAGCGACCCAAGAAGCGAGCCAAGCUCAUUCAGAGAACCAUCAACCUUGUGAGUCCCGGUGCAUGGUUAUGCGACCUAACUCUAGAAAGAUACGAAGUCCGCGAAAAGAAGAUUUCUAAAAAGAAACCAAGGGGCUUAAAAGCCAUGCAGAAUAUGGAUAGCGAUUCGGAAUAGCGGGAAAGAAGGAUAUGAUGACAGACAAAACGAGUGCGAGACAAUAAAGCGGUGGUCGGGGUCGACAUGGCUGGCGGGGUGUUCUGUAAGAGAUUUGUUCUUGAGGUAGGGCACGCCAUUUUGUAUGUUACUGAGAGAGGGCGCGAGAGAGUUAGAGAGUUGUGAGUAUUCUCAUUAGUCCUGUAAGGUAGCUCGGCGCAAAAAGAUGAAAUAGAAAGAGUGCUUCAUGUAUGACCAUUAUCAAGUUUCUCAUAAAAUCAAUAGCUGCUUUUCUCUCUA